CUCCAAACGCUUGCAAUUGUACAAAGAGAUUAACUUGUCAGGUUUUGGUCCAGCAGUCUAGCAGCCGAGCUGACGCAAAAAGUAUGCGGCAAGAAGACGCUCGUGAAGAGGCGCUUCGAGAAGCAGCUGCUGUCGGGAAUGCCAAGGUUGUCCAACACUACCUUACGGCUGGGGUGAAUGUAGAUGCACAAAACCGGGUCAAUAAGUGGACGGCCCUUCACUGGGCUGCUCAAAGGAGUCACCCAGAUAUUGUUCGAAUACUGCUGGACCAUGGAGCGGACACUGAUCUACAAAACACAAAAGGCCAGAAGGCUGCAGAUAUUGCAAAGGGAGCGGAAGUACGGCAGCUUCUCAAUGUCUCUCCGGAAGAGGAAUCUGUGGAAGAAUCCAACACACCGAAAUUCGUCCCUAGUUAUCUCGCCGCACCUGCCUUUGAUACCCUUUACUCUGUUCCAUUGGAUCAACAACCAUCAUUCGCAUCCUCCGCUGCCACUCCCGUGCAAUCGUCGCCAGUAUCCAAUAGACCACCGCCACCUGUAGAUCAAGCACCUGUUCAAGCAAAGAUCUCAGAAACAGAGAAAGAAUUGCUGGUCUACCGAUCCACUCGAGACGAAUCGAAUCUCCUUGGGGCCAUUUUUGUACCUUCAUCCAGCACGCUAUCAGAUACCGUUACUCAGAUCAAGAAUGAAAUAGACGAUAUCGCCUCUGAGUUUACUCUUCGAAGGCAUACCGGCACCCACAGUAUACCUAUUAAUUCAAAGCAGAUGCAAGCAAGGACGUUGCAACAUUUUCACGGAAACGACGAUGCUGUUGUAAUACUUUACAGCGAACCUUAAAUCACUUUCCUGCUUCUCAGGGAGGCGACCUGUGGGAUAAUCUUCGAGGCGGAUUCUUGCGAAACUGAAGCAUCGACAAGUUCUUUGAUAUGUCCUCAGGAAAUUAGCGGCACUCAUGUAAUUUAAGGCGUUGAAUGGGGUAAUCCACUUCUAAAGUGACUUCUGCUUUACAAUUGAGCGCGAUGUGAAAGAGCUUGGAGCAACUUCAGCUGGUAGAAACGGACUCAUUGUCAACUUUAGAGGUAAUUUUUAGAUAUGGUAGGGAGAAUCUGACAGUUGAGCUGAAGAAAACUACGUAUUUCACAAUCGUCGGAUAGACACGCCCCUCUAUAGAUAUGUAUCUGCUUUCAGAACAUGCUACAGAACGUGAUACACAUCCAGUCGUACCUAGAAUAGGAGCUACAUAAGCAUACUAUACUAUGUCAGCACGCUAUGCGAACGCUCAUC